AUGGCGGAACACGCGGACGUCACAAUCCGUGCCCACUGGAGGUCUUUCAUCGCCUGUGGCGUCGCAGCAUUGACUCCCUUCCAGUAUGGUCUCGACUUCGGCCUCAUUGGCGGCUUGCAGGCCAUGCCGGGCUUCCUUCAGAUUUACGGUCAUCGGGCCCCAGAAACAGCGAUUGGCUGGAAUAUCUCCACGACGCGACAACAGCUCAUUUCCUCCUUGAUGACCCUAGGAGCAUUCACCAUCACUGGCUUUGCCGGACUCAUCGCAAUCAAGUUCGGACCUCUCUAUGUCGGCCGCUUGCUCAUCGGAUUCGCAAACGGUAGCUUCGUUAUCUUCUCUCAGCUUUAUAUCCAAGAGAUAAGCCCAGCAAAAUAUCGUGCCCUGUUCUUUAAUGCAUUCCAGUUCUGUGUAUCCUUGGGCAUGCUGAUCGGUACUGUCGUCGAUUGGGCAACUGCCAAGAGGCCAGAUAGGUCUUCCUAUCUAAUCCCCCUUGCCGUCAUAUACGUUAUACCUGCAUUCCUCGCCGUCUGCCUGUUCUUUAUCCCCGAAUCACCACGGUGGCUCAUCGAAAGAGGCCAAUUCGACGAGGGGUGUAAGUCCCUGUACUGGCUUAGGCCCGUUAAGGAGGAUGCCGAACACGAAGCCGCUGAAAUCCAACGCGCCAUUGAGCUUGAGCGAGAGUCGAAGAGUGAUGCUCGCUUCUGGGACAUGAUUAUGAACCCCAUUGACCGACGACGGACUCUUCUUUCAAUUGGCGCCGUGUCCUUGCAAAACGUCCCAGGAUCCAUGUUUAUCAUUCGCAAUGCAAUCGGUCUGGUAGGGUUGCUUGCUAGUGCAUCCAUCGUUGUUCGGUACGGCCGCCGUCGCAUACUCCUGACUGGCAGCCUCUUCAUCUGCGGAUGCUUGCAGCUUAUGAUGGCCGUCACGUACGAUAAGCACCCCGGGACUCCGGCUGCGGGUAAAGCUAUUGUAGCUCUGUGCAGCGUCUUCAUGUUUGUCUAUGUGGGCGGGGUUGGCCCGUAUUCUUACCUAGUUGGCGGCGAGCUUCCUUCCCAACGUCUACGGAGCUACACAUUUGGCGUCUCUUCGGCUAUAGGCUUCCUCCUCACUUGGAUUAUUACCUUUACUGCGCCGUACUUUAUCAACCCCGAUGCUCUGAAUUGGGGCCCUAGAUACGGAUAUAUUUGGUUCCCCUCUUCUGUAAUUGGAGCGCUGUGGACCUUCUUCUUCCUGCCCGAGCUCAAGGGCCGGACGUUGGAAGAGAUUGACGAGAUGUUUAACGCAAAGCUGCCGGCUAGAAAGUUCAGGACUUACCAAUGUUCGGUUCUGGUAGAUAGCCGCGAAAAAAAGGUUUCGAUUGAUGAGCCAGUUGUUGAGGUUGAGGACUGUAGGCACAAGUAG